GUUGACGACAAGCCUCCAAAAUGCACAGCCAAUCCAGCGAACCGGCAUCUGUGCAUUUUUCGCAUUCUUGAGCUCGCAGUCGGCCGAGGACACAUAGCCGGUGUUGUGUCGAUUGCACCCUGGUAUCCACUGUGCAUGCCUUCUCAGCUCAGACUAUUUCUGGUCCGGAUACAAGGUACAGAUUGCGUUGCUGGAUUUUGGCUGGCCGGCUCUUGCUCCAACCGCGCUGCGCCUAACGUUAACACGAAACUGUUCCUCUUUCUCAACAAACGCUCUCCGCCCGCCCUUCUGAGCCGCUCCUUUGACGACUUGGAAGAAUACUUCCUCUUUCGCAGGAGUGAAAAUCGGGCCCCGCUGCUUCAUUGGGCUCGAUUCGACAGUGUUUCAAUUUCGGAGCUCUUUCUCGUUCCCAUUCUCGUCGAUCGCUCUUCGGUGGGAGACACGACCCGCACGAACGAACGAACCAGGCUCUCUAGUCGACGACUGCUACGCCGCUCUUUGUUUACUGUCCACCGCAUCCUCCCCGCGUCGACACAAAACAGUCAGGCAUAAUACUUGGUGGAAGUUGAACUUGGGGAAGGAAGUUGUUCAUUGGAUGUCCUACUUCGGCGGUUUGACCGCCCAACGCCACAUCCGCAGAAGUUGAUGCCGUUGCGGCCUCGACCUCUUGCCUCGUAGUUGGCGCACUGUCGGCUGAUUCACGAGCGCUGCACGCCCUCAAAUCGUGCCAGUCAUGGAUGAUUACUUGGAGAGUCCUAUGGACGCGGACGACAUCUUUCCCUGCAAGGGCUGCGGUGAGGUAUCCUAGAGGAAGGGAAGGCAUUC